AUGGACUCCAACCUCGCGCUUGUCCAUGGUCCCACGGAGCCUGCUCUGUGGUCGAAAACUCUAGGUAGCUUUGUGGAUGAACAGGCAUCUCGGUUAGACAAUCGAACUUCUAUCAUAUUCCCAUGGCAAUCGGUGCGACUGUCAUACAGUCAAUUGGCCGACCGGAGCAAGGUCCUUGCCAGGGCAAUGCUAGAAAUGGGCCUGCGCCAUGGUGAUUGUGUUGGUAUAAUGGCAGGAAACUGCUAUCAAUACAUCGAGGUAUUCCUUGGCGGUGCGAGAAUUGGAUGCCCGGUAGUGGUUUUGAAUAACACAUACACACUUGAAGAGCUACAGAAUGCUGUGCAGGGAAGUUCUUGUCGACUAGUCUUCAUCGCCUCUCGCAUUGGCACACGAGAUUUCUCAAGCCAUAUUAAAAUCCUUCGGGGAAACCGGCCUACAAACCCAGCACUACCGGAACUGCGGCGUGUUGUCUGUCUUGGAAACGAUGCAAUUAGACAAACCGGGGUGGAAAUGCAAUCAUACAACACAUUCGCAUCCAAUGGUAAUUCUGUUUUCAUGAAUGAUCAUGUACUGAAACGCGCCGAGAAUAAUGUUACUCCCGAUGAUGUCCUAAACUUACAAUUUACAUCCGGUACUACUGGCUCACCAAAAGCUGCUAUGCUAACACAUGUCAACCUUCUCAACAAUGCUCACUUCGUUGGUGAUGCUAUGAAACUUACCCCCGAGGAUGUUAUAUGCUGCCCGCCUCCUUUAUUCCACUGCUUCGGUCUUGUACUAGGCUUCCUGGCUUCAUUCACGCACGGAAGUUCCAUCGUAUUCCCGUCCGAUUUCUUCAACGCUCAAAGGGUUGUCGACGCGAUCGUGAGCGAGGACGCCACCGUUCUUCUGGGCGUCCCAACAAUGUAUGUGUCCGAGCUCGAGGUCAUGGCGAAAACAGGCCAGAGGCCUCGACGACUGAGAACAGGUCUUGCCUCUGGCUCUGCAGUGUCGCAGGGUCUUAUGAAUGAGCUGCAGGCAAAAAUGGGCGUUGAGAAGAUGUUGAUUGCCUAUGGCAUGACUGAGACGAGUCCUGUCACUUUCAUCACUGCACUUAAUGACUCAAAUGAGAAGGGUACUACAACUGUUGGGAAAGCUGUUCCGCAUACAGCUGCAAAGGUUAUUGAUCAGAGUGGCAAGGUCGUCGCUAGAGGAGAGCGAGGGGAGCUAUGUACAAGCGGUUUUGCUUUGCAAAAGGGAUACUGGAACAAUGAAGAGAAGACCAAGGAGGCUAUGAGGCGAGAUGAGAGCGGAGUGUUGUGGAUGAAUACUGGUGAUGAAGCUCUUCUCGAUAGUGAUGGAUACGCACACAUCACCAGUCGAAUCAAGGAUAUCAUUAUUCGAGGUGGUGAAAACAUCUUUCCGCGAGAAAUUGAAGAGCGACUUAUGCAACAUGCCUCCAUUAGUGAGGCCAGCGUGGUUGGGAUCAAGGACGAAAGAUAUGGUGAGGUCGUUGGUUGUUUCCUCAAGGCGACUGAAGGAACUUCCAAGGUCACCGAUUCAGAGGUGAAACAGUGGAUCAACGAGACACUAGGCCGGCAUAAGGUGCCCCAGUACGUAUUCUGGAUCGGAGAGCCCAAGGUUGGAGAGGAUUUCCCUAAGACGGGCAGUGGCAAACAUCAGAAACACAUUAUGCGGGAUAUUGGGAACCGGUUGGUUGAGCGCAGUACAAUGAAAGCAAAGAUAUAG